GCGGCUGGUGCGCAGGCGCGCUGGGCGCCCGUGUCCAGCAUGGCGGCGGCGGCGGCGGCAGCGGAGGCGGGAGCUGGGGCCGCGCCCCCCGCGGAGGAGCCGGGCUCGGGGUCGCUGUGCGCGGCCCCGCUGCGCCUGGCGCGGCUGCCCCUGGCCCGGGUGAAGGCGCUGGUCAAAGCCGACCCUGACGUGAGCCUGGCCAGCCAGGAGGCCGUGUUCGUCCUGGCCCGGGCCACGGAGUUGUUUGUUGAAACCAUAGCUAAAGAUGCUUAUGUGUAUGCUCAACAAGGAAAAAGGAAAACUCUGCAAAGGAAAGACUUGGAUAAUGCCAUUGAAGUUAUUGAUGAGUUUGCUUUUCUGGAAGGUACUUUGGACUGACCUCACCAGGAAGAAAGGAGUUUCCUGAAGAAGGAGUCAGCGGAGUGGGGUGGCCCUUGGAAGACAUGGCAUGAAAUUUUCAAAUUAAUCUAGACAAAUUUUCGUGGAAGAUGUCUCUGUUCCUAGACUACUUUGGAAAUCUCAGCAAGAAUGUAUUGUAAAAAGUUCAAGUUGUGAUAAUUCUUUAUUUAAAAUCCAUAUUUUUUCAUACAUUUUUGUAUGUAAUAUGACCUCCAGCUCACAUUUCAGACUUUCACUGUGUAACACAGCAAUAGCUCGGAAUAGCCAUGCUGUACUAGUAUCUCCUUAGAACUCGGUGGUAAUAAACAGCAUUGUGAUCCUG